AUGGAGGAUGUCAAGAAGAUAAGUGGAUGGUCCGCUGCCAGGGUUAAGGCUGACAAGUUUGAAGAGGUUGAUUUUGAUAACCUUGUCACCAAGGAGAAUUUAAGGCAAUUUCUCGGAUACGACAUCCCGAGAGACAAGCAGCUGAUUACCAAGAGAGGGGCUAUUAAGAAGAGGAAUGACGCCCCUCCAUCUCCGAGGCCUGUUACUAAGAAGAGGCCUUUCAAAAGUUCCGAGCAAGUUUCCGAGGAUGUCCCUUCGCGGAAGAAACAGAGCAUUCCCCUAGCUGCUCUGGAAGCCAGGAGGACUCCCCCUUCGGUUCCGUCAUCGGGAGUGAACGUUGAAGAGGGAUCGGCAAGUUUUCGGGGUUUCAUUCCAGAAGUUUCUCCUACACCAGAAGCGAGUGCUGCUCCCUCUUUUGUUUUAAGGGAUGAGUCCGGCUCCGAAGCCUCGUUCCAGGGUGAACAAUGUGCAGAAACUUCUUUUGCUGAACCUCCUCUCGGGACUUCGACAGCGGACGCCCCGGAACCCGAGGGGUCUGGAGAAGGAGAUGGGAAUGUACCUGAGGCCCGAGACAUUCCCGUCACGCGCAGGGUGAAGCAUCCAGCCAGGAAGCGGAAGUUCACAGCCCAGGACCGAAUCGCUCAAAAACUUUUGGAGGCCGAGCGGAUGUGGGGUAAGGCGGUUAUAAGACCUUCCGAUGCCGAGGAAGUGCGCCAAGAGCCUACUGCUUCAAGUGGUGAAUCUCUUGAAGAGAUGGAUGAGGAAGUUGGCACCCCCCGAGCUGAGCCUCUUGUUGAGGAGUCUGAAGUCGAAGGUACUCCCCGAACUCCUUCUUCGGAACGUCCAGACACACCACCAUUUCCUGAAGAAAAUCGUGAAACGGGGCAUACCACCCCCCAAGUUUCAUGUUCUGCGCCUAUACAACCUGAGACUCCUACUGGAGUACCUGAGGCUAAAAAUGUCGAAGAGCCUAGCGCCUCUCGGGAAGUGGUUGAUCAGGAGGUACCGGGCUCUACUUUUGAAGUUCAAGGUGCAGGUCAACCCGAAGUAACUCCCCAUGUCGGAGUGCCUGAGGAGUCUCGGAUCGACUCCGAGAAUGUUAUCCCUGAAGCAGGUGUGCUUCCCGAGACUUCUACUCGUGUCGAGGCCAGCCCUUCUGGAUUAAGAUCUGACGGGUCUGAAGCGGCUCCAAGUGUAGGGGCUGUACCUCAUGUGGGUCCUAGCUCUUCCUCUAGGGUCUCCGCCGGUUUCGAAGUUUUGGGCAGGGGUCUUUUGGGUCAUCCAAUGGAGGCUAUAAAGAACCUAAUCCCCGAAGGGUAUCUGGGAAAUGCUGGGAAGUCUUCUCCCGAGAAGCUUGCUCAAGCCCUCUGGCAGAAGUACGAGAAUCGUCCUGCACCUCCGCCUAUUCUUGCCCCCGAAGUGCAAGCUCGUAUCUCGAGUUUAGAGAACGAAGUCGCGACGCUGAAGUCUCUUCUUCAGUCCAAGGACGAGGAACUCGCCUCUCGGGACUCGAUCAUAUCCGAGAUGCGUUCUGCCAAUGCUCGUUUGAGGAACGAAGUACUGGAGGCCAAUGAUCGGUACACACGUUCUGUUGCUAGUCUUUCUUCCGAGCUGGAUCGCGCAGAUCAAUUGUUUAUCCGUUUGUCGGCUGUGCAGAACGAAUGCUCCGAGGCGUGCAAAAAUUGCUUUGAGUGCCGAAGCCGAAAAGGACAAGCUCAAAGAUGA